CGCCAGCUUUGCAUGCAUUCAUUCUACUACUUUUAAUUCUCCCCCACCACCUGUCCUCCAUACCACCUGCAUGCCCUAUAAAAACCAAACCUCUCAUCAUCUUUUACCAUAACGACUCUCACUUUCUCUUCUCUUUCUCUUCAUUGCCACCACUAGCUAGCAGUUCUUUUCUUCUUCAGCUUACUUCAAAGAUACAGUACUACCUAGCUAUCGAAUUCAUAUUUCCAGCGAGCUUAAUUGCUGGCAAUGGCGAUUUCCAAGGCCCUUAUCAUCAUCAUCAAUGCUCUGCUCCUCCUCUCUCUUCUUAAUAUCAACAACGCCACCGCCCAGGUUGGUUCUCCGGUGGGACCUAAUAUCGAUUGUGGGGCGGCAUGCUCUGCCAGGUGCCGGUUAUCGUCGAGGCCGAAUCUGUGCCAGAGAGCCUGCGGAACUUGCUGUGGCCGCUGCAACUGCGUCCCUCCCGGUACUUCCGGCAACCUCGACACCUGUCCCUGCUACGCCAACAUGAAAACCCACGGCAACCAGCGCAAGUGCCCUUAGAAGCCACUCCCAUUUUACCUUAGUCAUUCCCCAACAGAUUAUCGAAACGGCACGACGGCUCCGCCGCUGUCAAUUUAUUUAAUUUGGGAUUCAAAUAAAUGUUUGAGAUUACUGUUGACAAGACACAAAUCACAAGAUAAGUUAUCUAAUGAGGAAUGUUUUAGGUACA